UUCUGGCGCCUCCACUCCGUCCCCCGCGGGUCUGCUCUGUGCGCCGUGGACGGCAUCGUCCCAGACAUAGCAGUUGAACAAAGCGGGGAUCGGACGAGCUCUUCUCUUCCUGCAUCACCAACGGGCCCUUCGUCAUGAGCAGCAACUCAGCCUCUGCAGUCAACGGGAAUGACAGCAAGAAGUUCAAAGGCGACAGCAGGAGUGCCAGGGUGCCCUCGCGGGUGAUCCACAUCCGCAAGCUCCCGGGCGACGUCACGGAGGGCGAGGUCAUCUCCCUGGGGCUGCCCUUCGGGAAGGUCACCAACCUGCUCAUGCUGAAGGGCAAGAACCAGGCCUUCAUCGAGAUGAACACGGAGGAGGCGGCCAACACCAUGGUCAGCUACUACCCCUCGGUGACGCCCGUGCUGCAUGGCCAGCCCAUCUAUGUGCAGUUCUCCAACCACAAGAAGCUCAAGACCGACAGCUCCCCGAACCGGGCGCGGGCCCAGGCCACCCUGCAGGCCGUGAACUCCAUGCAGUCAGGGAACCUGGCCUUGGCCGCCUCGGCGGCUGCCAUGGACACAGGGAUGGCGAUGGCUGGGCAGAGCCCCGUGCUGCGCAUCAUCGUGGAGAACCUCCUCUACCCUGUGACCCUGGACGUGCUGCACCAGAUCUUCUCCAAGUUUGGCACGGUCCUCAAGAUCAUCACCUUCACCAAGAACAGCAGGUUCCAGGCCCUGCUGCAGUAUGCGGACCCCACGAGCGCACAGCACGCCAAGCUGUCCCUGGACGGGCAGAACAUCUACAAUGCCUGCUGCACGCUGUGCAUAGACUUCUCCAAGCUCACGAGCCUCAACGUCAAGUACAACAACGGUAAGAGCCGUGGUUACACCCGGCCAGACCGACCCUCGGGGGACAGCCAGCCCUUGCUGGACCAGACCAUGGCUGCCGCCUUUGGCCUUUCUGUUCCCAGCAUCCACGGAGCCCUGGCUCCCCUGGCCAUUCCGUCGGCGGCCGCAGCCGCGGGUCGCAUCGCCAUCCUGGGCCUGGCGGGGGCGGGCAACUCCGUCCUGCUGGUCAGCAACCUGAACACCGAGAGAGUCACACCCCAAAGCCUCUUUAUUCUCUUCGGCGUCUACGGCGACGUGCAGUGGGUGAAGAUUCUGUUCAACAAGAAGGAGAACGCCCGGGUGCAGAUGGCGGACGGGAACCAGGCCCAGCUGGCCAUGAGCCACCUGAACGGGCACAAGCUGCACGGGAAGGCCACCUGCGUCACGCUGUCCAAGCACCAGAACGUGCAGCUGCCACGCGAGGGCCAGGAGGACCAGGGACUCACCAAGGACUACGGCAACUCGCCCCUGCACCGCUUCAAGAAGCCCAGCUCCAAGAACUUCCAGAACAUCUUCCUGCCCUCGGCCACCCUGCACCUCUCUAACAUCCCGCCCUCCAUAUCAGAGGAAGAUCUCAAGGCCCUCUUCUCCAGCAACGGGGGUGUCAUCAAGGGGUUCAAGUUCUUCCAGAAGGACUGCAAAAUGGCGCUGAUCCAGAUGGGCUCCGUGGAGGAGGCGGUCCAGGCCCUCAUCGACCUGCACAACCACGACCUCGGGGAGAACCACCACCUGCGGGUCUCCUUUUCCAAGUCCACCAUCUAGGGUUGAGGGCCCCGCGGCCAGGCCCCUGGCGAUAACUUCCAUCAUUCCAGAAAAAAACCACUUUAAAAAGCAGCUGAAGUGACCUCAACAGACCAGAGAUUUUAUUUUUUUAAAGAGAAUCAAUUUACCUGUUUUUAAAAAAAUUAAAUCUAGUUCACCUUGCUAACCCUGCGGUGACGGG